UGCCCAUUCACCGUCUCUUGACCACACUAACCUAAUCCAUCCACCGUAAUCGAUCGCCCACUAUGACUCGGCCGGCGAACCACAGCAUUCUAUUCGUGCUCUUUGCAUCAUCCAUCACGACUUAUCAUCGACCACCUUCAAAUCCAACCCCUGUCCCUAAUCAAUCUCCCUCAUCCUCACUUGACUCAAUCGGCGAACGUUUGCUCUUUAUAGCCUCAACGUGAUAAUGAAUUUAUUGUAAUGAAUAACCCACUGCUUCUAAGAUAAACUUCGGACAUAACGGACAAGAGAGCAUCAUGACAUCAAACACAAACGAGCUCGACUCGGAACUCGAGUCUUUCCGACAGAAAUGGAUCUCAGAUCUAAGAACGAGGAGUGAACACCCAGAAACUGCUGAGGCUCCGGCUGGACCCUCAAGACGACCUCAUCAUGGUCCUAUCUCAUCGUUGCCACACAAGCAUGUACCUGCGCCAGCGGAUGACGGUGACGAUGAUUAUGUUCAAAGCCGUGCUUUCGAUCAAGAUGAGCCUGUAGCUCAAGCACCGCAGGAUGUUCAUCAUGAUCGGAAGGGAAAGAAGCUCGUUUCUGCCCUGGAUCAUUUUGAGGAGGCGAUGCAUAAGGAGGACCAGGGUAAUAUGGGCGAUAGUCUCAAGCUCUACCGCAAAGCUUACAGACUUGACAAUGGUGUUGAUCGGAGAUAUCGUGAGAAGCAUUUCCCCCAAAAGACAGCCCCGCGACCUGUCUCACCUACAGCUACUAAAGCAUCAGCACCAGAGGCUCCUCAACCGCCCAAGUCAGAAGAGGUUGUAGAAGCAAAGCCUCUACCUAUAGGUGAACUCAUCGCCAGCUUCUCCGGGUUGAAAAUCGAGCCUGCCCCUCCUCCUAUCGAGGGCAUGCCCGAGCCACCCUGUCCUAUGGCCGAUCUUCCCGAUGAGAUCCUCAUUCACAUCCUCCGCGACGUUGCAAUCACAGAUAUCGGAGACUUCGCCCGCUUAUCCCGAGUGUGCAAGCGUCUCGCGUACCUUGUUGCUUCAGAGCAGCGCAUCUGGCGCCGUGUAGCUCUUGGUCCAGAAGUUGGUUUCAGCUCACAGAUCUACCGUUUCGAAAAGGGCGUCGAGUGGGACGAACUGCCAGAGGAGGAACAAGAAGGCCCUGAGAUUCAGGAUGGUUUCGUAAUCAGUCCCUCUGAGCUUGCACAGCGGAAACGCGACGCCAACAUUGCUUUCACAGAGUCUCUUGUACCCUCUGUAUACCCAACCUGGAAGCAGCUUUUCCGCUCACGACCACGAAUUCGUUUCAAUGGCUGCUAUAUCUCCACAGUCAACUAUGUUCGCACUGGACAAGCCUCAACUAAUCAGCCUACGUGGGGCAGUCCCAUUCAUAUCGUUACAUACUAUCGAUACCUCCGUUUCUUCCGUGAUGGUACACUCAUCAGCCUUCUCAGCACUGCCGAACCCGCAGAUGUCGUGCACCACAUGACUCGCGAGGAGCUCAACGUCCACCGCGGUGUUGCACAGCCCCACCUCCCCUCCGCCGUCAUGGCUCUCGCUCUUCGCGGUCGCUGGCGCCUGUCCACCGCUGCUGACCGCGAUGAAGGCUCUGAUACAGACCGACCCGGUCCAGCGAUUGGCAAGCAUGAUCGAGACCGUGAUCCAGAAGGUGAUGUCUUUAUUGAGACCGAGGGCGUAGGAUCCAAGUACAUGUAUCGCAUGGACCUCUCCAUGCGAAGUGCUGGCAAGGGGUCCCGUAACAACAAACUUAUCUGGCGUGGCUUCUACAGCUACAAUAAGUUGACGGAUGACUGGGGUGAGUUUGGCUUGAAGAACGACAAGCCAUUCUUCUUUAGUCGCGUCAAGAGUUAUGGGUUUGGGGAAUAACAGAUUACAUAGCUGGCCAUAGAGAUAUGCUGAAGGACAUUGCUUUGGUCUGCAUUUGGAAGCAUAGAUUACAAGCAUAUGAGUAUAUGAGUUCAAUUCCUGCCAUAGCAGAGUAAAUACAUCGGGUGUCUUCACAUCUGAAUCACACAUGUCCAUGGCGAAUGGGACAUUUCCGAGCAUUCAUUCUCAGAGACUGAUCUGUAUGGUCAUUGAUACGUAAAUUUGUAAUAUACUGAAUGCC